AAAACAUCUAAACUUUAUUCCUUUUUUGGCACAUUCUCAAAAAUAUAAACUUUUAUAUUAUUGCGAAAUUUCCAAUCAUGGAUUCGAUACCAAGGAAGCGACCCAAAUCGGAGACCAGAACUCCAAAACGGAACCCUAAAUCAUCUUCUUCUCCGAUCAGAUCAAUGCUCGAGCCACCACAAAGCUUCUUUCCUUCCAAGGAAGAGUUCUUCAGACUCUUGAAAGUUUUGCUUGUCGCUUGUGUUGUGGCUUUUACCUGCAAUUUCCUUGCUAAGUCUCUGAGCUCAAACCCUACUAAAUCUUUCUGCGAUAGUAACUAUGAUUCCAUCGAGUCAGACUUGGAUUUUUGUGAACCUUGUCCAAUUAAUGGAGAAUGUUGCCAAGGGAAGUUGAAAUGUAAUCUUGGAUACAAAAAGCAAAGAAAUUUAUGUGUAGAAGAUGGAGAAAUCAAUGAAUCAACUAAGAAAUUGGUUGGGUAUUUUGAGAGAAAAGUUUGUGAAGCAUAUGCUCAUAAUGAAUGCUAUGGCACUGGAGCCAUUUGGGUUCCGGAGAAUGAUGUUUGGGAAGAACUACGUAGCAACAGUUUCUUGAAUAACUUAGAUGAGUCUGCUUACAAUUUUUUGAAAGGAAAGGCUGUCGAAGCUGUCACCGAGCUACUAGAGAAAAGGACUAAUUCUAAUGGGAUUGAUGAGUUGAAGUGCCCUGAAUCCGUAGCCGGAAGCUACAAACCCUUGACUUGCCGCAUGCGUCAAUGGCUCUUGAGGCACAUCUUAAUUAUCUCGUCCGCAUGUGCAAUGCUAGUUGGCAGCGCAAUAUUGCGUAGGAAAAUUCAACGUAAGCGAUAUUUUUCAAGAAGAGUGGAAGAGUUAUACGACCAGGUCUGUGACUUCCUGGAAGAGAAUGCAGUGGCAUCAAAUUCUGCAGACACUAGUAAUUGCGAGCCUUGGGUUAUCGCAUCUUGGUUACGUGAUUAUCUACUUUUGCCUAGAGAAAGAAGAGACCCUCUGUUAUGGACUAAGGUUGAGGAGUUAAUAAAAGAGGAUUCACGUAUAGACCAAUAUCCGAAAGUCGUCAAGGGUGAACAAAAAGUUGUAUAUGAAUGGCAAGUUGAAGGUUCACUUAGUUUAUCCAAGUUGAAGAAACAGCGAGAGACGCAGAAGAAAGUUAGAAAAAGUAUAGGCCCAAGCACAAGCUUGCAAGAAAAUUACAACAGAAGGAUGCCGAGACAAGUUCUUAGUACAUUUACAAAAGAACAAUAUAGAAGCUUGUUAUGAUUCUUCACGUAAUUUUAGAAGAUCCAAGGAAUGAAGCAUUGUCGAUAUUCCAAGUUUUUUUUUUUUUCUGUUGAUGAUGAUGCUUGAAUUUUGUAAUAGAUGAAGAAUAGUGAUUUAGAUUUGUUGAAAGAUUAAGGAAGUAAGAAGAGGGGGAAGGAAUCAGAAUUUGAAUUUCCAUGAAAAUAAGGGAAAUUGUACAAUUAUUUUCUUCUUGUAUGAAAA